UGAAAGCAAAGAAAUGGCGAGUAAUUCGGUGAACUUGGAAGAAAUACCCUCCGAAUCUCUAAUGAAUGAGCUUCUCCGCCGUAUGAAGUGCGCCCCCAAACUCGAUAAGCGCCUCAUCCACAUUGGUCCACCUGGAUCUGGAAAAGGCACUCAAUCACCAAUAAUUAAAGAUGAGCACUGCUUGUGUCCCUUGGCCACUGGUGAUAUGCUUAGAGCUGCUGUUUCUACUAAAACCCCACUUGGUAUCAAGGCCAACAAAGCUAUGGAUAAGGGAGAACUUAUUUCUGAUGACCUGGUUGUUGGCAUUAUCGAUGAAGCGAUGAAGAAACCUUCAUGUAAAAAUGGUUUCAUUCUUGAUGGGUUUCCCAGGACUGUAGCACAAGCACAAAAGCUGAGCAGGUUAUUAAGGAUUUUGCAAGUGGUGAGUUUGUUUGACUGUGAUGUCAAAAUUGAAGACUAUUUGCUAAAGAGUUAUUACAAAACAGCUUCAUUGAUUGCAGCUAGUACCAAGGGAGCCGCCAUUUUCAGUGGAGCUGAUCGUAGUGUAACAGAGCAAAUGUAUGAAUAUGGAAAGAAUCUUGGCCUAUCAUUCCAAGUUGUUGAUGACAUAUUGGAUUUUACACAAUCAGCAGAGCAGCUAGGGAAACCAGCUGGUAGUGAUCUAACAAAAGGCAACCUCACAGCACAAGUUAUAAACAUGGCAUGA